CCUUGUAGCCAUUGAGAACCCUGAAUCUAAAUUUCCCUUGUCAACUGAGGAAGUACCAGGUCCCUUUGAAGAUGCUGGUGGUGAUGGAGGCAGGCCGACAGUGGAUGAAGUACAGGAGUUCUGUGGUAGCUGGAAGGCCACCAGUCAUUUCACCCCACCUGGCCCUGCUGUCUGCUUUGACGAGUCCCAGUCUGGAGUGCAACGCCCCUUGCCAUUUCCAACUGAGGCAGAGUGCUUCAAGUUGUUUCUCACAGAGGAGCUGGUGGGAGAGAUAGUUGAGGAGACCAAUCGCUAUGCCUUAGAGCUACAGGAGAAGAGAGAGCCAGGAGUGAGGGGGAAACUCGCUAAAUGGGUGACAACCACAAUUAGUGAAAUGUAUACCUUCCUGGUGACAGUCCUUCUCAUGGGAAUAGUAAAGAAGAACUCCCUAAGAGAAUACUGGAGCACAGAUCCUAUGUUUGCAACUCCCUUCUUUGCCUCCCUCUUUUCCCAAGAUCGCUUCCUAGUUCUUCUGCGAUGCCUGCAUUUUGUCAACAAUGCUACUGCCAUCCUAAGUGACCCGUUAUACAAAAUAAGAAAUGUUCUUAUCAGCCUGACAUCAGCAUUUGGUCGGGUCUUUGUGCCAUACAAGGACCUAUGCAUUGAUGAGUCCCUGAUGUUAUGGAAAGGUAGGCUGGCGUUCCGUCAAUAUAUUCCCUCCAAAAGGCACAGGUUUGGAGUCAAGUUCUUUGUCAUGUGCGACGUGAAGACAGGAUUUGUCCAGGAUAUUAUAGUUUACACAGGGUCCACCACUGACAUCAAACAUUAUGAUGGGCUUGGGGUGUCAGGGUCCGUGGUGAUGACCAUGCUGGCUCCUCAUCUCGGCAAGGGACACACUUUGUACGUGGACAAUUGGUACAGCAGUCCCACACUCUUCCAGCAUCUGCUCUCCAACAGCACAGGGGCAUGUGGCACAGUCAGGUCGAACAGGAAGGGGAUGCCGGCAUUCGGAUGCAGGAAGAUGCAGAGAGGGGAGGUGGAGUUCCAAGAGAACGGUCAACAGCUGGCAGUAAAGUGGCAUGACAAGCGAGACGUCCAUGUCCUCUCCACUGUCCAUACAGCAACCAUGUCGGCCACAGGGAAGGUGGACCACCUGACCGGAGAGAGAAAGAUCAAACCAGAUUGUGUGCUUGAUUAUAACCUCAAAAUGGGGGCCGUGGAUAAGGCAGACAUGAUAAACAGCUUUGUGGAAUGCACACGGAAAACGAACAAGUGGUAUAAGAAGAUAUUUUUCCAUCUGAUCGACACUGCUGUCCUCAACGGCAGCAUAGUUCACCGCCAACUAACAGGUAAAGUAAUUACCUACCAAAAAUACAGAGAGAACCUCAUGAGAGAGCUGCUGGAGGAGCACCACACCCCUCGGCGCCCAUCCACUGGGGGUCGUCCUGCUGUAGACAAUCCCCUACGCCUCACUGCACGACAUUUUCCCUGCAAAGUCCCUCAAACUGCUUCUCAAGGUAGUCGCACACGGAGGCAUUGCAAAGUCUGCCUGUCUGGCGCCAGGAGAAGUAAGCAGAGGAAGAUGACAAAAUACAUGUGUCUAGCUUGUGAUACACCUCUAUGUAUUUCACCAUGCUUUGAGGAGUAUCACAUACUCAAGCAUUAUUGAGCACAUCUGCAGCAAUAGGUGACUGACUGACCUGACAUGUGACUUGACAGGUGACCAGCCAUGAUACUAUGCCUUAGAGAUGGGGGUGGAAAUGCAGUUGUUGUUCAGUCACUGCAUGGAUAUUAAAUAUGGGUUACGCAUAUUCAGUUUUUUGUCCUCUAGUAAAACAAGUUGUUGAAAUAACUACCAGUACUGCAAUAAAAUAGAUGAAUAUUACAUAUUGGCAUGCGUUUUCUUGCUGUGUUUUCAUCCAGUACAACUGUUAAGGAGUGUACGUUAGCAUACAAAAGCUGUCCUCAUUCUUAUGCUCCAAAGAUGUCCAGCUUCAGUUAUGAUAUUGGCAAAUAAUGUUUCUGAAAGUACAGAAUAAAGAGGAAUUAUUCAUUAGAAUACAAUAUAAGGAUAUAGCAAUAAAACAAUACUACAAAGAAGUAACAUAAUAAACACUGCUAUAAAAAAAAUAGUUUAUUGCAUUGACAAAAUCACAGAUUUGAGUUAUAACAGUAAGAAACUAACUUUUGAGCUCCACAAGGGGGCAAGGCAGGGCAGAACAGAGCUAUGCUGAAUAGACCAAAUAAACAAACCAUGGUCAUAUUUUUUAUUUAUUUAACUAGGCAAGUAAUGUAAGAACAAAUUAUUAUUUACAAUGAUGGCCUACACCGGCCAAACUCGGACAACGCUGGGCCAAUUGUGCGCUGCACUAUGGGACUCCCAAUCACAGCCAGGUGUGAUACAGCCUGGAUUUGAACCAGGGUGUCUGUAGUGCCAUAGACCGCUGCGCCACUUGGGAGUCAUAAGGCCAGGGUAGCUUCAAAAUACAACACAAGCUAAUAGUUUUCUGACGCAACUAGCAUUGUUUUACAGAGCUAAUAGAAUAAUGUAGCUAGGUAAGCAUGAUUGACAAUAACACCAUAAAGGUUAUAAAAUGUGUAACGUUACCUCACGUGUCCGCAGUUAUAAGGAAUAUAUUAUGAUCUACAGCUACAGCAGAAACGGCAUACGGAAACUAUUAUUAUAACUAUUAUAACGUAAUAAGGCACUUACUUUGAUGGAAACGCAGCCUGGAUUUGAACCAGGGAGUCUGUAGUGACACCUCUAGUACUGAUGUGCUGUGCCUUUGACCGCUGCACCACUUGAGAGUCAUAAGGCCAUGGUAGCUUCAAAAUGCAACACAAGAUAAUACUUCUCUGACGCAUUUAGCAUUGUUUUACAGAGCUAAUAGAAGAAUGUGGCUACAUAAGCACGAUUGACUAUAACAUCAUAAAGGUUAUAAAAUGAGUAACGUUACCUCACGUUUCCGCGGUGAUAAAGAAUAUACACAAAUAUAUUAUGCUCUAUACAUACAGUACGCUACAAUAGAAAUGUGGAAUAGAAAAUGUGAACACGUGUGCAGAUCCUGUUCUGACGGGAGAUGAGCAAAUGUCUGCAGACGUGAACUGCACAAACAAUUGGGAAGUGCUUGGGGAAUUUUGUCCCUGUCAGAAAUGUCCCAAAAAUGUAAU